AUGAGCCAAUAUGGUUCUACGUCAAUAUCGUCAUCAACACAAAAAACUAAAUCGAAUCCAGCAUUAUUUAUUGAUUAUCAAAUAGAAUCUCCUCGUUUUCCUGUUCAUAAUGCGCAACAAAUACAAGAAGGUAUCGAACAUUUAAAUGACAAUGGUUAUGCAAUAUUUUCUCAUGUCCUUUCAUCUGAUGAGAUCCCCUCGAAUAUCGAUUUACUAUGGAAACAUUUGGAAAAUUUGUCAGCACCAUAUCAAAUAAAACGAGAUGAUGCACGAACAUGGGACAUUGCAUGGCCCGGUGUAGCUUACAUUGGAUUAAUGCCAGAUGAAGGUUUCGGUCAGUCACAGUUUGCAUGGUCGAUACGAGGAAAUCCAAAUGUGAAAAAGAUUUUUGCUCAACUUUGGCAAACGAAUGAGUUGCUUGUUUCAUUCGAUGCUGUUGGUUGUUUUCGUGAUUGGCAUUGGAAUUCAGCAUGGAAGACAAUAAGUGGAUGGUAUCAUUGUGAUCAGAAUCCAAUUGAAAAGCCUCAUCGAUGUUCGAUUCAAGGUUUCGUAUCUUUAACAGAUAAUAAUGAAUUCACUGGUGGUCUUGUUGUCGUACCUCAAUCACAUAAACAUUUUGAGCAACUUCAAUCCAUCACUCGAAUCGGCAAGGAACGAGCCAAUUUCUGUCGUGUACGUAGAAAUCAUCCUUUGCUCAAACAAUUCAAACCACGUCUAGUCAAAUGCAAAGCUGGUGAUCUAGUCGUCUUUGAUUCUCGAUGCAUUCACUGCAAUACACCAGCUCUCGAUACUGAAGAGGUGACAAUCUUCAAUGAAGACAAAAUUCCUCAACUGUUACGCAUUGUCGCUUAUGUAUGUAUGAGUCCAACAGCAAUGGUUUCUGCUGAUGAACUCGAAGAAUUUCGCAAGACUAGAGAAGAGUUUGUCAGAGAUAGAAUAACAUGUACACAUUGGCCUUGUGAACUCAAUAUUUCCGAUGGAUCACCAUCUGGUGUCAAACAGCCACUCAGACUUUCGAUGUAUCAACGAUCUCUCAUUGUUGGCACCAAUGUCGAUCCAGAUAGUGAAAUAGCACAAGAAGUUAUCGAUGUUUAA